AUGGCUAUAAAAGUAGUUAACUAUGUAAAAACAAGACCUGUUAAAGCAAGAUUUUUUCAAAAACUGUGUGAAGAAAUGGGUGUAAAACAUUACUGCGUUACAACAUUACUGUUUUACUGUAAUUCUAAAUGGCUAUCAAAAGGUAAUGUACUUUCAAGAGUAUUCGAACUUAGACAAGAACUUUAUUCUUAUUUAAAUGGAAAAGGUUAUAUUAAUAGCAAAAUGUUUUUUUGAUAGUGAUUUUGUAAUAGAAUUAGCUUAUUUAUGUGAUAUUUUUGAAAACUUAAUUCACUUAAUAUAUCUUUACAAGGUAAAGAAACUCAUAUUGUGCAAUUAUAUGAUAAGAUAGUUGCUUUUAUUAAACAAAUCAACUUAUAGAAAAGAAAAUUAACAGAAGAAAAUGGGUUUAACCAAUCAGUUUAAAGACACUAUUUUUAGAAUAUCUGACGAAUCUUGAAACUCAUUUCAUGAAAUAUUUCCCAGAAGAAAUGAAACAGUACUAUUAAAUUAAAGACCCGUUCACUGAAAAACCAAAAUUAAAUUUCACAACUACAGAAGAGGAACAAUUGACAUUUCAUCCGAUUCUUCAUUAAGAAUGCAAUUUUUUUCAUAUUCACUUUUAGGAUUUUGGAACAGUAUUAAAGUUAAAUAUCCUGAAGUUAGCAACAAAGCUUUAGGUAUAUUAAUACCAUUUGCCACAUCGUAUUUGUGUGAAGCAGGAUUUUCAGCAGUAGCCGAAUUAAAAUCAAAAUAUCGGUCCAGACUCAACAUGGAAAAAGAAAUGCGUGUUGCAGUAACUACGUCAGUUCCUAAUUUUAAAUUUUGA